AUGUUCAAUGUACCGUCAAAGUUUUAUCAGUUGUGUCGAUUAUGCUUAUCAUUGGAGGGCGAUAACAAUAGGAACUCCACCACGUUAUCAGUUUUCGAUAAGGACGAGGAUAUCCCAAGGAAAAUCCUAUAUUGCUUGUCAAUUUCGGUAAAUGAAGAAGAUGAACUUCCAAAAAUUAUCUGUCUUGAAUGCAUGAAGCAGCUAGCGUUAAUGUCCAAAUUUAAAGAAGCAGCUAUCAAAAGCGAAAAAGUAUUGAAGGAUUUUAUUUUGUAUACGAAGCAGCUAAAGGGCGACAAAGAGGAAAACAUGCGACAUUCAGAAGACCUCCUAGCCAGUAUUACAACGUCCUCUCUAAAUUCAGACAAGAUAAAAGCCGAACCUCCUGUCAGUAUUAUGCCUCAAGCAGUUAUUAAAAGCGAACCAUUUGUUGAAGAAACCUCAGAGGCUUCAUUGAUGGACAUUGAGGAAAACUUAAAAGCUUCUGUUGUCCAUCGGACAUCACCUGUAAUCGUCCUCAAUAAUCCUCAAUCAGUUUUACAAACAAACCCUUUAUGUUUACAAAAAGAAGAACCAAAACCAUUAGAUGUACAAACCGAACCAGUAGAUUUACAUACGGAACCUUUACCGUUGCAAGUUAUAGUUUCCGAAAGGCCUGAAAUUGAAAUCAGACUAUCUGAUGGUAUGGAUUGUGAAGAAAACAUGCCUGUAAUAAAAGUCCGACCUACGUCCACGUUACAGGAUCCUAGAAUUAUUCUAAACAAUGAGUUUUCUUAUGAUUCAGCUGAGCAGGAACCAGCUGAUUUAUCGACUAGAAGGCCUGAAAUUUUGGAGUGCGAAGCGGAUACGAGAGAUGAUAAUAUGGAUACGCAAUCGGUGUCGAGCAGUAGCACUGAUCCGGAUCGGUUAGAGGUUGAUAUGUCACAGGCAACAGAAGAUUUCAAUUCCAGUUCGACCGCUAGCGCUUCACCGCCACCAACAGACAGAAUCACCGACUGGCCUAAUAUUUAUAACAGUAACGGUUUCGGUGCAGGAAUGCCAACGUUGUCGGGAGAAGCGUCUCAGUUGCUGCGCAAAUUGAUAACGUGUAGAAAAUUAGGGAUGACCAUUACGCCUUCGAAUCCCAACGGGUUCAAUUAUUGCCUGUAUCCUGGCAAAUCGCCUCCGUCCGGUCAGAGUGGAGUUGAGAAGGAAAAGAGUUCGGGGCGUCGGAAGCAGAGUUACCCAACUAAAGCGAAUAAUGUAGAAGAGGCUGAAUCAAAUGAUGAUGGUGAAAAAGACAAAAUGAGAAGCAACUUACCAGAAGAGUAUAGCGACAAUAUGCCAGACUUUACAGGGGGACAGCCGUGGAUCAAUCUUACCGAAAAACAGUUUAAGACCAAUGCACAAGGAGGUGCAUCGAAACGCGUAGACAUCUGUUGCACAAAUUGCCGGACUCAGACCACCACCAUUUGGCGAAGAAACGUCAGAGGUGAGAUGGUGUGCAACGCUUGCGGUCUCUAUUUCAAACUACACGGUAUCGACAGGCCUUUAACUAUGCGGAGAGAUACCAUACAUACCAGACGGAGACGGCCUAAAGGACAAGAAAGGGGACGGGGAAAGAAUAAAGUUGACAAUUAUGUUUCAGAUUAUGAGCCAUAUCAUAAGGAACAACCAAUGAAUCUACGGACCUUUUCCGAGGGUGGAUUGCCAGAUGGCAGGCACAUGCCCCAACUUCCCUCUACAAUUUCAGAAAAAGAAGACACCGAUAGCAUGCUUAGCGCCUUGAGGAGACAGUUGCAACCCCAUCUGGCGAUGGCCCUGAAACAAGGAUCCGCCAGUCAAGGAUUGUUUUCACAAAUUCCUCAUGGUAUGCCACAUUCGACCUACUUGCCCACCAACAAAGAUUCACCGGGAGGUUCGGUACCCGAAGUCGAGUCUGAUGAAGAAAGUAUAGCGGAUCUUCCUUUGAAUCUUGUUUCCACUCAGAUGGCUGAAACGGAGACGCACUAA